AGUUCGAACCUUCGCCGCGUCGUGGGUCGUGCGUCGUGCGGGUCGUGCGGGUGUGGAGCCCGGGAGGUCAUGGCGGACCAAAGUUUGCUGAUCGAGACGCUUCAGGCAGUCCAUCAACACACUGAAGGUGUGCUGGACUUGCUGAUGAAGGCAUGCAACAAGAUGAGCCUCUCGGAGCUCUCCACCGAGUGCGUCCACCAAAGUGCCGCUCUCAAGGACACCAAGAAACUCUUCCAAACCCUUCGCGAUGCGGCCAAGAGCUCUGCACCGGACCAGGUCCUGGCAGAGAUGAAGAGCUAUGCGAAGCAGCAAGCCAUCGCAGAAAGCCAAAGCUUGGAGACUCGCCUCCAAAGCACCUCCGCCCGCACCGAGGCAGAUCUCAAGGAGAAGCUGAAGAAUCUGGAGACACGGGUUCUGGAACUCGACAGUGGUGUGGAGACCUCUCCUCGGAAGGUGGAUGGGCAAGGCAUCCGGAAAGUCAUGAACAGGAUCAGCGAUUUCGAGGCUCAGGUGGCCGCACAAAUGCAGGCCCACAACCAAGACAUCGAGAAGAAGCUCAGCUUCUUGAACUCUCGAAGGACGGGCGACGAGCCGUGCGAGGGCGCCAGCUGGAGUCAGGAGCUGGACGCUGUGAAGUACGACGUGGGGGAGCUGAAGGACUUGCUGAGCGGAGCCAAGAGCGACACGGCACACGUGAAGCGGAUCGUUUUGGCCUGUGAGCGGGACAUGGAGGACUUCACUGCUGCCAUGGAUGCGGUCAACAUCGACCUGGAUGAGAUGAGAGCCAGGGUUGAUUCCACUCAUUCCAUCAUCACCUCACGGCAGCGCGUAGAGGCCACUGUCACUGCGGAGAUCUCCACCAUGCGUUUGGACAUGGGAGACAUGCAGGAGGCGUUGAAGGCGCAUGACGCUUGGAUGGAGGACGUGUCCCAAAGUCUCCAAGAGGUGCACGAGAGAUGUGAGGCUUUGAAUAUGGAGAUCACGCAGGUGAACCACGGCUUUCAGGCAAAGUUGGAUGCGAAGACCGACAUCACCAGCUGGAAUGAUAUGAACGACGAUGUCGAUGCUUCCAUUCGAACAGUGAGGGACAUGGCAUCCUCCCUACGCUUUGAGGUGGACAGCCGCCGGCGUCGAGUGGAUGAGGAGCUGCUGCGGAUCCGCUCCGAGGUCUCCAGCCUGGAUGAGAAGAUCAACAGCAAGACCACGGAGAUCUCCCGCGAUGCCGGCAAGGCCAGCCGCCAGCUGGAGGAACGCCUGCAAGCGCGCCAGGAGCAGUGCAGUGCGCUGGAGGCCACACUGCUGCGGCAUGCCGAGACGCAUCAAGCCUUAGAGGGCCAGAUGGUGCAGCAGAAGGAGCAGCUGGAGAGCCGGAUUACCGGUGUGGACGCCUGCAUGAAGAAGCAGGGCGACGAGCUCCACAAGAACACACAAGAUCGCCUUGACCUUUUGGAGCAACAGCAAACGAAGGUCACCAAGGACACCCAAAAGCACCUGAAUGCGAUGGACCUCCGCCUCGCCGCACUGCAAGGGGCGACGGGCGAGUGCAAGCGCGACAUCGGAAAGCUGAGGGAUGAGGUGAAUAGCCUCACCGUGAAGAGUGCCGCCCAUGACGUCGACAUCGCCCGGAACAGCGACGAGCUCCGGAAGCUCGAGCGUCAGCGAGUCGAAGGUGACCAGCGUCAGAAGCAGGAGUUCGAUUCCAUCUACGACGAGUUGGACCAGAAGGUCUCGGAGAAGAACUUCCAACGCUUGGAGGAUGACACCUCCAAGCUGACGCGUGGAGUGGUGAAGCUUUGCCAAGUGGUGGGCGUUUUCCCGGGGGCUCGCAUGAACGAUGGCACUGAGGAAGAGCUGGAUGUGGAUGUCGAGAUGCUCAACUGGGAGGAUUGUGCUCAGCACCUCACGCACCGUGUGGAGAAGACCUGGCGGCAGCUGCACAGUCAGAAAUAUCGCAGCAUCAUGGAGCUGCUUGGGAAGAAGGCAGACCACUCUGUGCUUCGGUUGCUCCAGAUCUCUCAGCAGCACAUCGAGAGCCAGUUGGAUCGCGUCCGGCAAGAGCGCGAGCUCAUGAAAGAAGUCCUUGAACGGCGCGCGGCCCCCAUGCAGAUGACACUGCCCAUCAAGGACCCCAACACUGGAAUGCCAAUGCAAGGCUUCCCUGGAUGGCCUGGCUUUGGAGGACUUCCAGUGGGCUUUGGGCCUCCCUCCGAGAACAGCGACACGGUCAAGCCCCCCCGCCAAGCGCGUGGCUCCCAGCCGGCCGCCGGGUGCUCCUUCUCCGAAGGCUGCCGCGGCGACCACGCCCCGCGACGGGCCCCCGUGAUGGGGCGCAGGAAAGCGAUGGAAUCGAAGGUCUGACCGCGCUUCGAAACUGGAAGUCGAUCCUCGCAACCAAGUUUGAACCACAUGCAGAGACCCUAGUGGCCCUAGUGGCUUGGAGGUGAG